AUGUUCGCCCUCCGCCGAGCUGCAGGCCACGACGGCCUCGGCUCUGUCGGAACUGCGGGCCCUAGCUCUCUCCACCGGCUAGCAGCCUUGCAAAAGCUGCGCGGCGCCAGGCAACAGUCGUCGUCGUCGUCGUUUCCGUCGUCUCCUUCUGCCGCCCCCUCCUCCCCCUCCUCCUCGUCGCCCUCCUCCACCCCCAAGGCGCCAGGCCAUGUGAAGCCCAUUUAUCUCCCACCUGUUUCCUUCUCCACUGCCGCCGCUCGGUCACAUGCGACCAAGGCUCCGGAAAAGUGGGCUCCCGUGCCGCCUACCACCACUGCGGACGAGGCCGUCGCGCCAGCCGUGCUCGCCGCUGACAAGGAGCAUGCCGCAGUGAGGCCCCCCGCGGCUUCCGCAGGGCCAAAGCUGGCCGACCUGCCCAUGCCCCCAGCCUUGUCUACUGGAACAGCGGCACGAACACCGGGCUCCAACACGACCGUGAUCCUAGCCGAGGACGGGAUCCGUCCCAUCCGUAUCCUGGGUAUCGAGUCGUCGGCGGACGACGCGUGCGCCGCUGUUGUCAGUGGCGACAGGCGAAUCCUGAGCUCGGUCGUCAUGAAGCAGCAUGAGAUCAACAAGGAGUAUGGCGGAAUCCACCCCAUUCAGGCGCAGGAAGCGCACCAGAGCGACAUUCCCCUUGCCAUCCGCCAGGCGCUCAAGGAGGCCGACCUCACUCUGGACGACCUGGACGCGAUCGCGUAUACCCGCGGUCCCGGCAUGAUGGGCUGCCUCGGCGUCGGCGCCACGUCUGCCAAGGCGCUUGCUGCCGCCGCGGACAAGCCGUUGGUUGGCGUGCACCAUAUGCAGGCCCACGCCCUCACGGCCAUGCUGACCGAAGACGUGCCCCCGCGUUUCCCGUUCCUCACGCUGCUCGUUAGCGGAGGCCACACCCAGCUUUUGCUCGCGGAGAACAUUGAGACGUACAGGAUCAUCGGCGACAAGCUGGACAAUGCUCUUGGCGACGCGUUUGACAAGAUUGCCCGCCUCCUCCAGCUGCCGCCUUCCCCGACCCAUGGACUCGGCCCCGUGUUGGAAGACUACGCGUCCCGGUUUCCUCUGGGGCCGUAUGUGGAUCAACCCAUCGAACCCAUGCGUUUCCCGCUCACAAAGCCCAAGGAGAUGAAGAUGGUCGCGUUCAGCUUUGCGGGGCUCAUGACGCAGACGGAGCGGAGAGCCAAGAAGGAGUUUUCCAACCUCAAGAUGAAGAUUCCUGAAAAGGUCAAGCGCGAGAUCAGCCGCGCGUUCCAGGUUGCGGCCAUUGGCCACGUCGUGCAAAAGGUCCGCCUGGCCAUUGACACGCUCGACAUGCCGAUCCACGGACUCGUCGUUUCCGGCGGCGUGGGCAGCAACCUCUACCUGCGUGAACAGCUGCGUGUCAUGCUCGACGACGUGCUGGUCACGAACAAGCUCGACGACCCGAUCGGUCUGUACUUUCCGCCCAUCCCACUUUGCACGGACAAUGCGGCCAUGAUCGCCUGGGUGGCUGCACUCCGGUUGCAGAAUGGGCUCAAGUCGGACCCUUUCAACCUGCCUCUGAGGCGCAAGUGGUCGCUGGAGGACCUGUAUAACGAUGUGCCCGCCGACGCCUACCACCAGAAGUAA